CAGGAGCCAUCCACCUUUAUUUCCUUCUUUUCUCCAUGUCCAAAUUGUGAUACUGCUGGAAUAAUAAAUUUGAUUAGAAAUGACUUCGAAACUUAUCUUUUCUUCUCAAUAUGAUCAAUAGAACUAAACUUGUACUUCUGAACACAUUUGGUACUUAAACAUUUUUAUUUCAUGUGUUAUCUUUACUGAGAUAAAACAUAUCUUGUCUUCAUGUCAGGCUCAUGCGGUGAAAAUGGGAGAAAGCCACACACACCAUCUGCUAUUGUUAUUGGUGGUGGGUUUACAGGUCUUGCUGCUGCUGAUGCGCUCAGAAAUGCAUCCUUCCAGGUUAUUCUUCUGGAAUCUCGUGAUAGAAUUGGUGGCAGAGUUCACACUGACUACUCUUUUGGGUUUCCAGUCGAUUUGGGAGCAUCUUGGCUUCAUGGCGUCUGUGAAGAAAAUCCCUUGGCACCAAUAAUUGGAAGGCUUGGACUUCCACUGUACCGCACAAGUGGAGACGAUUCUGUGCUGUUUGAUCAUGAUCUGGAGAGCUAUGCACUCUAUGACACUAAUGGACGUCAAGUACCACAGGAGUUGGUAGAAAAGAUUGGGAAGGUGUUUGAGACCAUACUGGAAGAGACUGGCAAAUUGAGGGAAGGAACCAAUGAAGAUAUGUCUAUCGCAAAAGCCAUUGCAAUUGUUAUGGAUAGAAAUCCACAGUUGAGGUUUGUACUAAUCUACUUCCUGCCUUUGUUCACUGUUCAACACAAACAUACCAGUCAUUUUAACAGUGGGUUUUCCAUGUGUUCA